AUGAUGGCCCUGAAGCCGGUGCUGGGGCUGCUGGCUGUGGCUCUGCUGCUGCACGUGGCCACCACGCUGAGGAUCAGCGCCUUCAACAUCAGGACCUUUGGGGACAAGAAGAUGUCCAACCAGACCAUCGCAGACAUCAUCGUCUCUAUCCUGUCAGAGUACGACAUCAGCGUGGUGCAGGAGGUCCGGGACACCUCCCUGAGUGCUGUGAACAAGCUCAUGGACCAGCUCAACAGUGCAUCCCCACACCCCUACAGCUUCUUGGUCAGCGUCCCCUUGGGGAGGAACAGCUACAAGGAGCAGUACCUCUACGUCUACAGGUCAGACUUGGUCUCUGUGCUGGAAAGUUACUACUAUGACGAUGGCUGUGAGCCCUGUGGGAACGACACCUUCACCAGGGAGCCCUUCAUCGUCAAGUUCUCCUCCCCCACCACACGGCUGGAGGAGCUGGUGCUGGUGCCACUCCACACCGCGCCCGGCAGCGCCGCGCCCGAGAUCGAUGCCCUCUGCGACGUCUACAGCGACGUGACCCGCACGCUGGCGACCGACAACGUCCUGUUCCUGGGGGACUUCAACGCCGGCUGCUCCUACGUGACGAGCGCGCAGUGGCCGUCCAUCUGCCUGCGCUCCCUGAGCGCCUGCGCCUGGCUCAUCCCCGACAGCACCGACACCACCGUGUCCCCCAGCACCGACUGCGCCUACGACCGCAUCGUGGCGUGUGGCACCGCGCUGCGCCGCAGCAUCCGCCCCGGCUCCGCCACCGUCUACGACUUCCAGGCUGCUUUCCGGCUCCAGACCGAGGAUGCUCUGGCUGUCAGCGACCAUUUCCCAGUGGAGGUGACUCUGGAAGCCCGCUGA